UGUGGCUUGUCAGCAAUUGCUUGAGACAAGCUUCCAUGUGUGAAAGCUACUUGGCAUGAAUGCCUGGGCCGUACCAAGUGUCACCGCAGCAAGAGGGGGAGUCAGAAGAAAAACAGAUCAGACCAGAGCAGACAAUAGGCCCCUAAAGUGUUCCCCCUAAGUUGCUUUGAUGUUGUCCUGGUGUCUUGAUACCAGGAGGCCAGGGAUUGCAGGAAAAGGGCCUUUUUUUGGUCUUCAUUCACUUUCCCCCCUCAGUUUCUGAAAUGAUUCUCCAGAAUUUCUCCUCAUAAAAAAGGGGAGGGUCAUCUUUGAGCCAGGGGUUCCUGGACUUCUCCAGCUUCUCACCUCCAGGAUGACCACUGUAGUACCGUGACCCUGGGGAUUUUGUGUGCCCUGGAGAUGCGAAAUUUUCCUUUGGCAGCAGGAGGCACACACCCAGAGAAUGCUGGAGCUGCAAGGGGAAAGGACCCAUUUCCACAGCAGAGGAAAACAAAGAGGAAAAAGGCAUACAGGUGGCCAGCGCUAAGGAACACACCCAGCAAGCAGUGGGCCACUGCCACUGCCCUCAGUAUCUGUUUCUGCUGUAGCCCGAGACGAACUCGGGGAGCCCGUCCCUGA